AUGGGCAACCAGACCUCCCCAGAAGGCUUCAUCCUUCUGGGCUUCUCUGGACACCCGGAACUAGAAAAGAUCCUCUUCGUGGUUGUCUUGCUUUCCUACCUUCCAGCCCUGGUGGGCAACACGCUCAUCAUCCUGCUGUCUGUGCUGGACCCCAGGCUCAGCUCUCCCAUGUACUUCUUCCUCUGUAACCUCGCCUUCCUGGACCUCUGCUUCACCACAAGCUGUGUCCCCCAGAUGCUGGUCAACCUCUGGGGUCCAGACAAAACCAUCAGCUUCCUGGGAUGCUCGGUACAGCUCUUUGUCUUUCUGUCCCUGGGGACUACCGAGUGCAUCCUGCUGGCUGUGAUGGCCUUUGACCGCUAUGUGGCUGUGUGCCAGCCCCUCCACUAUGCCACCAUCAUCCAUCCUCGCCUGUGCCGGCAGCUGGCCUCCGUGGCCUGGGUCACUGGACUGGUGGAGUCAUUGGUUCAAACCCCACCUACCCUCCGUCUGCCCUUCUGUCCCCACCGGCAGGUGGAUGACUUUGUGUGUGAGGUCCCAGCUCUAAUUCGACUCUCCUGUGGAGAUACCACCUACAAUGAGAUUCAGAUGGCAGUGGCCAGUGUCAUCAUCUUAGUUGUGCCUCUCAGCCUCAUCCUUGUCUCUUAUGGCGCCAUUGCCCGAGCAGUGCUGAGAAUUAGCUCUGCAAAGGGCCAGAGGAAAGCUUUUGGAACCUGCUCCUCCCAUCUCCUGGUUGUCACUCUCUUUUACAGUUCUGUCAUUGCCGUCUAUCUCCAGCCCAAAAACCCCUACGCCCGGGACAGGGGCAAGUUCUUUGGCCUCUUCUAUGCCGUGGGCACUCCUUCCCUCAACCCUCUCAUAUACACCCUGAGGAACAAGGAGGUAAAGAGUGCACUCAGGAGGUUAGUGGGGAAUGAUGUGGAGGUCAGGGAAACCUGAGAGAG